ACUGUGGAAGAAGCGGUUCAUCGUCGACGACGCGCCGACACUCGCCAUCAACCGUUUGUUCACCAUGUCACAGGGCAACACUGCAACAUGGGAUUGGCUCACAGAGUGGCAGAAGAUUGCGGCAAUGCCCAAUCUAGACCUGCCUUUCACUCAUCUGAGGCGUGAGUUCUACAACAGGUCUUGUGCUACAUUGAGCCAGGCUCUUGGUGAUCGCGAGCAGUACGCCACCUUCGCCGAGAUUAUCGACAAGGCGCGAGAGAUCAUCAAGACCAACAGGUCAGCUGCACACGAGAAAUCAACAUCAUGGCAGCCGACCUAUGUGGAGAAGGUACGAACUGGUCCGCGACAACAGCACUUCGCUGCAGUCCAGCAGGACAGUGGGGAUAACCCAACAGCCACUCCAGCAUCAAGUGACGAAGAUCAGGUGGUUGCUGUCCAGCCGCGAAGCACCAACAAGUCCCGCAACAAUGGGAAGGCGAAAUCCGCAUCGCAGGCCGGAAAUGGACAGCCAGGACAGUUUCCAUGGGUCAAGUUUGGCUUGACCGAGGCGGAGUACAAAGUCUGCGGCCGCUACGGCAGCUGCUAUUGGUGCAACAACACCAAGCACAAGACCUCCCUGUGCCAGGAUCAGGGCAGGAGGAUGUGCGACCCCGCCUCAGCUCGGGAAACUGAGCUUCGCGGAAGUCCUCAGUAUACUUACGAGGAUUAUGCUGUCCACUUGGUUCCACCGCUGGACCAACCGCUCMACGUGCAACAGUCCAYCGCAUGCACGGUUUCAUCACCAUCGGCAACCGAUUCGGCAGCUUCGCCGCAAUCUAUCGCCGGGGAUUCGACGUCAUGGUCAAAACUUGAUGAGCUCGACCCGUUGACGUUCACGGACUUCCAGUGGAUGCCCGUUCCCUCGACCGGACGAUUGUCGAAACCGCAUUGCAAUGUGCUCAUGGCACAAUUGCGGGACUACUUGCACACUGCAGUACCAGCUCCGUUGAUGGACGCCGGAGCAGAGGUUGUCGACCUUCUCGCGUACAUCGCGAAGAUCGACCGCGAGUUCAAGACGCAACGGUACGACGAUGUCGACGCACCAUUGCUAUACAUACRCAUUCAGAUCGGAGAGGCGACCUGCAGUGCCUUGAUCGAUUGCGGAGCAUCUCGCAACUACAUCAGCCAGGACUUCAUGGUACGCGCCGGCCUUGGCCCACGUGUCCGGAGGAAGUCCCAGCCUACGCAAGUCACUCUGGCGGACGGUCAUACGCACAAGUCCAUCGACCGGUGCAUUGACGCCGUCCCASUGUACUUUGCCCCUCACGCAAGUGAGGCGGUGUCCUUUGACAUUCUGGACACCAAAUUCGACAUGAUCUUGGGCAUGUCAUGGCUGCGAAGCGAGGAUCACCCGGUGAACUUCUUCAAACGCACCGUUCACAUUCGUGAUCGGAACGGAGUAUUAGUUUCAUGCACAGUGCCCCUUCCUCAUCCUUCGAUCAGCUGCCACGUGGUAUCCGCCGCAAGCAUGCGAGCUUCCAUCAUCAGAGACGACAUCGACGAGAUGGGGGUGUGUUUUCUCCACGCCCUCCCGCCCCAUGACGCUUCAUCGACGGACUCACCUUCGGAUCCACGCAUCACCGAGCUUCUCGACGCCUAUAGCGACGUGUUCGAAGGCUCGCAGGGAGUAGUACCGGAUCGACCCAUCUGCCACGAGAUCAUCCUCGAGGACAGGGCCGUACCUCCGCGCGGUUGCAUAUACCGAAUGAGCGAGGAAGAGUUAAGUGUGCUCCGCGCACAACUCGACGACCUUCUAGAGAAAGGAUGGAUUCGGCCUAGCUCAUCGCCAUACGGUGCUCCUGUUCUCUUCGUCCGGAAGAAGAAAAAGGACCUGCGGUUGUGCAUCGAUUAUCGCAAGCUCAACGCGCAGACGAUCAGGAACACACGGUAUGGGCAUUUCGAAUGGCUGGUUAUGCCAUUUGGCCUUACGAAUGCCCCGACCACUUUCCAAGCGGCUAUGACAACGGAGUUCCGACACAUGCUGGAUCGAUACGUACUUAUCUAUCUCGACGACAUCCUGGUGUACAGCCGGAGUUUGGAGAAGCAUGUGGAACACCUGCGCACCGUUUUGGAGCGGCUACGACAGGCCAAGUACAAAGCCAACCGCGACAAGUGUGAAUUCGCGCGGCAGGAGCUGGAGUACUUGGGCCAUUAUGUGACGCCACAAGGCAUCCGUCCGCUCGCGGACAAGAUCGAGGCCCUACGAGUAUGGGCCGAGCCCACCAACACCACGGACAUUCGUUCAUUCAUGGGAUUGGCGGGCUACUAUCAGCGAUUCAUCACCGGAUACUCCAGGAUUGCUGCACCUAUGACGAGGUUACAGUCGACAAAGGUGCCAUUCGUAUUCGAUGACGACACACGCCGGUCAGUCCAAGUACUUAAGACGGUCAUGCUCAUGGCACCCGUCCUCAGCAUCUAUGACCCCACCUUGCCGACGAGAGUGACUACGGACGCUUCCGACUAUGGCAUUGGGGCAGUCUUGGAACAGCACGACRGCGACGACUGGCACCCUGUGGAGUAUUUCAGCCACAAAGUGCCUCCCAUCAACUCGCUUGAUGAUGCAAGGAAGAAGGAGCUACUCGCGUUCGUCAUGGCUCUCAAGCGAUGGCGGCACUUCCUCCUUGGGCGUCGUAGGUUCACAUGGGUYACRGACAACAAUCCAUUGACCUACUACAAGACGCAGGAUACGGUGAGCAGCACGAUCGGACGAUGGAUGUACUUCAUCGACCAGUUUGACUUCACACCGAAACAUCUACCCGGCCUCUCAAAUCGUGCAGCAGAUGCACUCUCGCGAAGACCAGAUCUUUGCGCUAUGACACAUCAUGCCUUCGCAUUCGACGAGGAGCUUCAACGAUACUUCAUCCGAGCAUAUGAGUCUGAUCCGAACUUCGACACGCUCUAUGCACAGCUAUCUUCGGAUCACCUGCCGACCAGCCAUUACCGCAUUGCCGACGGGUACUUGCUCCUCCACUCGAGAGGCAAGGACUUACUAUGUGUCCCACGCGACCGUCGUCUUCGGACUCGCCUCCUCGGCGAGUAUCAUGAUUCACGACUCGCCGGCCAUUUCAGAGUCAACCGCACUAUUGCACGGCUUCGACAGCGAUUCCGAUGGCCCGACCUCAUUACCGAUGUCACUCGGUAUUGCGACUCUUGCGAAGUUUCUCGACGCAGCAAGCCCCGCAACAGCAAUCCCUACGGCGAGUUACACCCGAUGCCUAUCCCACGGGAACCCGGUCUCUCCAUUGCCAUGGACGUCACCGGUCCGUUUCCUCGCGACCGGCUCGGGCACGACGGCAUCCUCACGGUUGUGGACCGAUUGACCUUAGAAGAUUUGGAAAGUGAGUGGUCAAGUAAGGACCCUCGUGAAUCUUGGGUGGCACUAAGGAAAGGUCCUAGAGGGGAACAUUUCGUUGUGGAAGUUGAUGUAGGAGGUCGCAAAUGUGGUGCCUUCAUAGACAUCGGCUCCACGCGGAACUACAUAAGUCACGACUGUUUGGAAAGGCUGCACCUAAAGGACCGGGUACAACACCUUAGUAGACCCGUAGCAUCUACUUUGGCCAAUAAGGAGCGCAUGAUUGUCACGGACUAUAUCAAGGAUGUAGUCUGCACCUUCUCCUAUGGAGGAGGGGAACUUAAUCACAAGAUUUCGUUCCUGGUUAGCGACGACUUACCGUUUGAUAUGCUGUUAGGAAUGUACUACCUUGAGGUUGCCAAGCCCCAGUUUGACUGGGACAAGAAAGUCCUGCAGUAUAAGUUGCCUGAUGGAAGAGCAGUUAGACUGACUAAGUUCAAAGCAAGUAGUAUAAUUGAUACCUAUGGCUGCUUGCGUGCAUCAACGUUCUAUAAUUAUUAUAAACAGAACCAAGAGGAGGGUAUGUACCUAGUGUAUGUCUCUGAGAAAGGGGCGGUCGUUAAAACACCCCCAGAGAUAGAACACGUCGUUGCUAAGUUCCCUAAUCUGUUCACGGAGCCUACAGGAGUCAUAGAAAGGGAGGUUGUCCACGCCAUAGAAAUCAUUCCAGGGAGUAAAACCACAAAGGGAAGGAUCUAUAGGAUGGCUCCGGCCGAGUUGGACGAACUUCGGCGACAACUGAAAGAGCUGAUAGAGAAAGGAUGGAUCCGGCCGAGUACUUCCCCCUACGGAUCUCCAGUGCUAUUUGUACCGAAGAAGGGGGGUACAUUGAGGAUGUGCAUUGAUUAUAGAGGCCUCAAUGUCAUCACAGUAAAGAACGCAAAGCCUCUACCUCACAUAGACGACCUAUUGGAUAGGGUGCAGGGAUCCGCAAAGGCUGCCGAUGAAGAACGAAUUCAACGACGUGAGAAGAUAUUCAACGGAGAGCGAGCUUUGCUCACAAUGGCAGCGGAUUGGCGGGCCGAGGCCGAGAAUGGCAAGAUGGAAGAGAGUGGAAACAAGAUCGCUCUACUCCUCUCCCAUCUCACGGACCUCCUGGCAACAUGCAUUACACAGCAGGAGGACAUCCACAGCCUCGACGACGCGUUGGCUCAAGUCCACAGACGCCUCCCGCAGCUGGAGCAACGAACCGUCGCCGCCUCCGAUGCCAUCUCUUCCAACACCUCCGAUCGCCUCGAGGCAUUGGAGAUUGACGUCGGCUCCCUCAAGGACGGUGUGCAGAUACAGCAAACUGCAACGCAACAGUUGGAGCAGCGGAUCUGUACUGCCGCCAACCACUCGAGCUCGGAACCGCUCGAGACAACUCCAAAGUUCGAUGGGCAGGAGAUCUUCUGCGACUUGACGAAGACAGACCCCAUUCCAUGGUUCCGCAAGUUCGAGCUCACGUUGCAGCUACACUACGUCAAAGAACACAAGCACCACACGUACUUAUACUCCCGGUCGGGGGGCACGUGCCAAGCAUGGUUGGACAAUCUCUUGUCCAAGUACGGAGUGGUGGCUGCCGACUUGCAUACCAAGAUCAGUUGGGAUGAUCUAAAGGCGGCGUGGCAUAAGCGUUUCCAAGUAGAGCCGCCGGAGAUCAAGGCAAUGGACAAGCUGAUGGUCUUCGAACAAGGCACGCUGCCGAGUGUUGACUGGAUUGCCGAGUACCAACGUUUGACAUCCGUCCCAGACAUUCAAAUGGCCUUCAAAGCCAUCAAACACUACUUCAUCUCGAGGUCGUGUCCGGUGUUGGGCAAUGCCUUGAUUCACGUCGAGGACACCCUGACGACACCGACAAAACUCUUCGACAAGGCCAAUGCAGAUUAUUGUCACGAACAAGGAGGCCAAAAAUUUCCAGCGUUUGUUUGCUCCAGGUACUUAUGCUCAAGGACAAGAAGUGUGUGCGGCAUCUUCUUCGUCCGGCAACAGCAACUUAUCGUCUUCAAGUGGUUCUUCACGGGAUUCAGUGCGCGAGUUCAACAUAGAGGUAUUGGACCCGCUCACGCCGAGGAUUUCGCAUGGCUUCCUCUCCCGACCACGGGCCGCUUGCCGGGACCGCAAUGCGCAGCAUUAUGCGCUCAUCUUCACACGUACCUAUCCUUCUAUGCACCACCAACAACGGAUGACGAAGUCGCGGUGGGGGACAUCCUUGCAUAUGUUACGAAGGUGGCCUGCGAGUUUUGCAAUCAGCGAUACGACGACAACAACGCACCGUUCCUCUAUGUCCGCAUCCAAGUUGGGCAAGCGUCCUGCAACACUUUGCUGGAUAGCGGCGCGUCUCACAAUUUUAUGAGUCAAACCUUUAUGCAAAAGGCUGGCCUUGGCGCACAAGUUCGAAGGAAGGCAAACCCGACGGCGAUCAAGUUGGCGGACGGAAGGACGCGGCAACUUAUCGACCUCUACAUCGAGGCCGUACCGGUGUAUUUCGCACCUCAUGCAUGCGAACCGGUAACGUUCGACAUUUUGGACACAGACUUCGAUGUUAUUUUGGGUAUGCCUUGGCUUGCAAGUGCGGAUCACACGGUCAACUUCCACUUGCAGACUCUUACCGUUCGCAACGCCUUCGGCGCCGAAGUGUCGUGUACUAUUCCUCUUCUGCACCCUUCGAUUUGAUGCCAAGUGGUGAUGGCCAAGUCAUUCCGGGCUACUUGUGCUUACUAGC